CGCUGUAACCGUACGUCUGAGCCAAAAACAGGUAGUACCAUAGACGGGUAAUGUCGUGAGGGUAUAGCAUCCGUUUUCUUCAAGGAACAUUAUUUUCAUUUGGUUUAUUUUAGUCGAACAAAAGGUGGGAACCACGAAAUAAGUUCAGAAUGAGCUCCGCCGUUUUCUCGUAUGAGAGUUUGGUUCAUGCUGUGUCAGGAGCAGUGGGAAGCGUGACUGCCAUGACAGUAUUCUUCCCUCUAGAUACUGCCAGACUAAGGCUUCAAGUGGAUGAAAAUCGGAAAGCCAGAUCGACUCCAGCCAUUCUGGCAGAAAUUGUCAAAGAAGAAGGACUACUAGCUCCGUACAGAGGUUGGUUCCCGGUCAUCUGCAGCCUGUGCUGCUCCAACUUUGUCUACUUCUACUGCUUCCACAGCCUCAAGGCUAGCGUGCUGAGGGGAAGGCAGUCAUCACACAGCGCUGACUUAAUCAUAGGCAUUGCUGCAGGUGUUGUAAACGUACUGGUUACCACUCCUCUAUGGGUUGUCAACACCAGGCUGAAGCUUCAAGGUUCCAAGUUUCGCAGUGCAGACGUACGACCCACCAACUACUCUGGGAUUUGGGAUGCAUUUGUGCAGAUCGUCCGCGAUGAGGGCGUGGGAGCGCUGUGGAACGGGACCUUCCCGUCCCUGCUGCUGGUGUUGAACCCCGCCAUCCAGUUCAUGAUUUAUGAAGGACUGAAGAGGCAGCUGAGGAGAGCAGUUCUCAGAGAGCUGUUAUCUGUUGAGGUCUUGAUCAUCGGCGCUGUUGCCAAAGCCGUGGCCACCAUUGUUACUUACCCACUGCAGACAAUACAGUCCAUUCUUAGGUUUGGUCAGCUAAAGGAGUCAAAGGACAAGUCUAAACUACUGACCAGUCUGAGGACUAUCAAGUGUCUGUUGGUCAAUCGAGUCAGGAAGUAUGGCAUGUUGGGUCUGUUCAAAGGCCUGGAGGCCAAGCUGCUGCAGACGGUGCUGACUGCUGCCCUCAUGUUCCUUCUCUAUGAGAAGAUCGCCAGCUGCACUUUCAGAGUCAUGGGACUGAGCAGCAACCACUAUAAGAGACGCUAGCCAGCAAGUCACUUCACAACCAUGGACGCUUCACCUCAUUAAAGCACUGGCUGACUGUAUUCAUCACUGCUUACAGACCUCAUGAUGGAGACUUCCCUUUCCUGAAAACAGUGAUUGUUUAAUGGUGCCCUCAUUGUGCAAAUACUUUAAAAAUAAUACUGAUUUUGUUACAUUGUCCUUCUGUAAAAAUCGUGAUGAUGAAAAAAUGGAAAUCCUCUGACAGAUUCAGAGUCAUGGCAUCAGAUUACACAACUCCCAUGGCUUUAAAUCUCCUUAAACCGCUGAAGUCACUUUAACGUGACUCACUUUUACAUAGAGUUGUUGUUAGGGAAUGAACUGAUGCCUGCGAAUUUUCUCUUAAAGUCUUCUUGAAACGAUUAAAUGGAUGUUUUCAUUUUCA